GCAGACAAACAUAAAAAAAAAUAUAUUUAAAAAAAUAUAAUCGCUUUCCUCCGUAAAUCAAAAAAGAUAUCCUGCAAUGCAAUACAACCAAAUUAUUAUUUUCUUGGAAAGAAACGCAGCCUUAAAAUGACGUGGACCGACGACUAUUAUAUGUCCGUCUCAAUAGCCGUCCAUAACUAAAACUAGCCGACAUCGAUUCUUAUUAUAACAAAGAUUGAAACGGGAAUUUGUUUAGGUGAGAAGAGAGAGCGAGAGUGAUGAGAGAGAUACACCAACAGUCAAACGAAACAAGCAAACCGCAAAUGUCCUCUCUCUGCAACUGCAACCCCAUCAUGUAGAUUGUAGAAGGUCGCCAUUUCUGAUUUCUGAUUUUUGGAUCACUCUCUCUUUCGCAUAUUCUUCUUCAUAGUAGCAUUUUCACAAAUAUAUAUAUGUCAUGUCAAUGUAGUGUUGUUUUCUUGUCCCUUCUCGCACUUUUUUCCUCUUCAAACAUCAACUUCACCUGCACAAUCCCGCAAAAACCUCGCUAUCUAACUGCCACUCGUCCGCCAUAAAAUUCCGGCUAACUUCAUGGAUUAUAGGAAGAGCUUAAGGUGCAUGAACUGAAAAUUGCCGGCAAAGAUAGCCUCAGCGGUCUUCACUUGUUUUAAUGGCUUCAACUAGUUCAACGCCUACUGACCCUUCUUCUUCUAUACCAGAGGACACCGCAACCAAAGUCGUGAACAAGAGAUACGACGGGUUGGUUGCGAUUAGAACUAAAGCUAUAAAAGGUAAAGGAGCAUGGUAUUGGGCACAUUUAGAGCCGAUUUUAAUUCGAAACCCGGACACGGGUCUUCCUAAAGCAGUCAAGCUUAAGUGUUCCUUAUGUGAUGCCGUUUUUUCUGCUUCAAACCCAUCGAGAACUGCCUCUGAGCAUCUUAAACGAGGGACUUGCCCCAAUUUCAACUCUGUUAUGAGACCCAAUUCUGCUGUUUCUCCUUUGCCUAUAUCGUCUUUGCCGUCUCCUCCGCAUAAUCAUCGCAAGCGAAGCUCUCACAUGGUCACUCCUUUAAGUUCACUCGCUUUAGUUGAGUCAACUCGUUUUUGUAACGAACUCGGUUAUUCUAACUCCGCGUUAAGUCAACAGCAGCAUUUGGUGUUAUCUGGUGGAAAAGAGGAUUUGGGUGCAUUAGCAAUGUUGGAAGAUAGCAUUAAGAAGCUUAAGAGUCCAAAAGCUUCGCCUGGUCCUUCAUUAAGCAAGGACCAGGUUGAUUCAGCUCUUGAAUUAUUUGCUGAUUGGUUCUACGAGGCUUGUGGGUCAAUCUCUUUUUCGAGUCUCGAGCACCCUAAGUUUCGAGCUUUUCUUCAUCAAGUAGGCUUGCCUUCUUUGUCAAGAAGGGAAUUGUCUGGUGCAAGGCUCGAGAACAGAUUUCACGUGGCAAAGACUGAAGUGGAAGCUAGAAUUAGAGACGCUAUGUUCUUUCAAGUUGCUUGUAAUGGCUGGAAGAACAAAAGUUGUUGUAGUGGAGAAGAGAAUUUGGUUAAGUUUAGUAUUAAUCUUCCAAAUGGAACUAGUUUGUAUCAAAAGGCAGUGUUAACUGGAGGAUCAGUUUCUUCAAAGUAUGCAGAGGAGAUUAUGUGGGAGGCGGUGGUGAGCAUAUGUGGAAAUGCUGUGCACAGAUGUGUAGGGAUAGUUGCAGACAAGUAUAAGGCCAAAGCGUUGAGGAAUUUGGAGAUUGAGUAUCAAUGGAUGGUGAACCUCUCAUGUCAGGUUCAGGGGUUACAUAGUUUGAUCAAAGAUUUCUGUAAGGAGCUUCAACUUUUCAAGACCGUUACUGAAAAUUGCUUCAAGCUUGCUAAUUUUAUAAAUAAUAAAUCUCAAGUUAGGAGCAGCUUCCAAAAGUACAGGAUGCAAGAGCUCGAGUAUGCUGGGUUGCUUCGAGUUCCUUCCACUAAAUGUGAAUGCACGAAGGACUUUAUGCCCAUGUAUGUGAUGCUGGAGGAUAUAUUGAGCUGUGCCCGUGUGCUUCAAAUGGUUGUCUUGGAUGAGCCAUUUAAGGUGAUGAGUGUGGAUGAUUCUGUUGCUGCGGAAGUUGCUGGUAUGAUUCAGAAUGAAGGAUUUUGGAAUGAAUUGGAAGCAGUUUAUUCAUUAACGAAGCUAAUUAGAGGGGUGGCUCAUGAGAUUGAGGUGGAGCGGCCAUUGAUAGGGCAAUGCCUUCCUCUCUGGGAGGACUUAAAAGCAAAAGUGAAGGAUUGGUCUGCAAGAUUCAACAUUGUUGAUGGACAUGUUGAGAAAGUAGUUGAAAAGAGAUUCAGAAAGAACUACCACCCAGCAUGGUCCGCCGCAUUUAUACUUGACCCUCUUUACUUGAUGAGAGACACAAGUGGAAAAUACCUUCCUCCAUUCAAGUGCUUGACACAGGAGCAAGAGAAGGAUGUGGACAAGCUUAUAACUCGACUGGUUUCCAGGGAAGAAGCUCAUGUUGCCUUAAUGGAGCUUAUGAAAUGGAGAUCAGAAGGGCUAGAUCCACUUUAUGCUCAAGCUGUUCAGGUUAAACAAAGGGACCCCUUGACUGGAAAGAUGAAAAUUGCAAAUCCGCAGGGCAGCAGAUUAGUGUGGGAAACUUGCCUGAGUGACUAUAAAACAUUAGGCAAGGCUGCAAUCAGGCUUAUCUUCCUCCAUGCAACUUCAUGUGGGUUCAAAUGCAAUUGGUCUUCUUUGAAAUGGGUUUGUAUGCACAGGCAAUCAAGAGUGGCCCUUGAAAGGGCUCAAAAGAUGAUAUUCAUUGCAGCUCAUGCUAAGCUUGAAAGACGGGAUUUCUCAAAUGAAGAGGACAAAGACGGAGAGCUGUUCCAUGUGACUGGCUGUGAGGAUGACAUGCUCAACGAGGUCUUUUCUGAUGCACCAUCAGUGUAGGUUUCAGUUGAGCCGGUUCGAUUGGGUAGAUAGAGAGCCAGCUUUAGCCCUUGGAUGAUCUCUGAAGUCAAGCUUGGAAGAACUCAAGAGUGAAUCUUUGUUCCCAAAGCAGCAUAACUCAUUGAUGCAACUCUGCCGUAUCACCUGGAUUGUCUGUUUACGAAAAUGUAGAGCCCCACCAUGAGGAGUGGAUGUCUUUCUCAGGCUUUGGUUGUUACGGUCAAAGAAAAGUGAGGACUAAUGGGCCUUCACUCCUUUGUUUCUCUGUCCCUCUGCCCCCUUGUUUAUCUAUUUUCUUUUUAUUAUUUGUUCCUUAGGCUUAUGUUUAUCUCACCAUCUUUGUUAACUUGUCUUUUAAACAUUCCAAUUCUCGUGAAACUCUUACUUUCAGGCUGGACGCUUUUCUAAACUUUUGAUGUCAAGGUUGAAAUUUUGAAGUUUUGUAGGGCUAUCAGUUAGGGUCAGUAUGAUUGGUAAAAGUCUUGAGCAAUGAAGGAGCAAGGAGGGCUGUCGGCAUGGGAAGGCACAGGAUGGCUGAAAGGGAUAUUGUAACUACCCUGAACUAAUUUUGUAGUACUGUAUAUAAGUGCAGACCUAUGACCUUUUCACCUGUCUACUGUAUAACAGGUAUAAGAUCCAAUUAUAAGAAGUCUACGAUUAUGUUAACCGAAGGCUCUCAACUUGGCUUAUGAAACAAUAUAUGGAAGAUAGUAACUUAUGACACACAAGCAAGGUUGUGCUUUGCAUGCAUUCAAAGAAAUGCUGUCACGGUAAAUUUGGUGGAGAGAAACAGGAUGCUGUCGGUAAAGCUGACUGCUUACCAACUAGAAAAGGAAGCUUUUCUUACUGGUAUGGUAUGGAUUUAUUGUUUGCUCCACUUAUGUUCUCCUGUUAAAGGGAAGAAAGUAUAAUGAUUAAUACAGAACAGGACUUUUCUUUCUACAAGAAUCUUCACACUUUCAAUGCUACCCCAUCAUUAACCUUCUUUUUUUUAUGUAUCUUUUUUUCCUUUCCACUUAUACAAGUUUUGAUUGUUUUUGAAUUCGAAGCCCAUCAUCUCUGCUUAGAUGAGAUGAUGUUGAAAUGGAUUGGUAUUAUUAUUCA